AUGAAGUCAAUCGGUAUCUUCCCCGCUUCAGGAGGCUUAGGCGGCAGCACCUACGAUUACCUCUUGAAGCUUCUCCCUAGCGAUCAUAUCAUCCUCAUCAACCGUCACCCGGAUCGCGUACCCCAAGAACACAUCAAGAACGGCGUCCGGGCGCGCAAGGCAUCAUACGAGUCGAGCCCCUCCGAUCUUGAGGCCGUGUUUGCGGGCAUCGAGGUGCUAUUCCUCAUCUCCUACCCAAGUCAUGUACACGACUACCGCAAACAGGUCCAACUACCCGUCGUCGACGCAGCCCGCCGCGCAGGCGUGAAACACAUAUUUUAUAGCUCCCUAGCCUUCGGCGGCGACCUGCAAGACGAGUCGGUAGCGGAGGUAAUGCAAGCCCACCUCUCUACGGAGCGGCACCUCGCCUCCGCCGCGGCCUCCGACCCGAACUUCACGUACACCUCGAUCCGCGAGGGCCUCUACUCAGAAUCGUACCCAAUCUACACCUCCUUCUUCGACGUCAACUCUCCUUCCUCGUCAAACGAGAUCCUCAUCCCCCACGACGGCUCCCACCCGGGCGUGGCGUGGGUGAAGCGCAGCGAGCUGGGGGAGGCGACGGCGAAACUUAUCGCGCAGUAUUCCUGGGACCCGGAACAAUUCGCCCACGUGAAUAAAAAGGUGCUACUGUCGGGCGCACGGGUCUGGUCUCUUGAAGAGACGGUCAGGGUUCUUGGGCGGUUUUCUGGGAGGGACUUGAGGAUCCGCGAAGUGGGCGUGGAUGAGUACGUGAAGCUGCCGCAGGUUUUGGCGAGGUUCGGGUCGGUGGAGAAGGCGAGGACGUGGGCGACUGCGUGGGAGGCGAUCCGAGCGGGGGAGACUUCUGUUGUGUCGGAGACGUUGAGGGAUGUUAUCGGGCGAGAUCCGGAGGAGUUUGAUGUCACGAUACAAAAGUUGAAGCAAGCGUGA